CGUGCUCUCCAGAUAUGCAGACUCCAUCCGCACCAUGAUCCAGUGUUUACUAAACUAACUUUAGUGGUGUUGGUGACAGGCUUCGUCCUCGCCUGAGCUCGAUGAGGAGUCAGUGAUGCAGCUGCACCGCAGUGCUGUAGCUCAGAUUGCGUCAUGACAGGUGCUGAUCAAGCUGCUGGCGAGUUCGAGUGGUGGUCGGCCGUAACUGACUAGCAAUAGUGCGGCGCGGGCAUAUGAAAAUCUGCGCCAAGCCGUGUCACUUUUGAACUGCCCGGUGUCUGCAAUAUGAGAUGGAUGGGUGCAUUGGAGAGAUCGACACGUUGGAAGAAACAAGUGCGUCGGUGAAGCAAGACGAAACUUUUCAACAUGAUAGGGAAUAAUAAUUAUUAUGAAAUUCACAUGAACAGCCAGGUCUGAUCUCCAUUUGUAGCUACACUGAACGCCCCCGUCGGACAGUCCGGUCCGGACACAGUCAGGUUGCCUUAUUCAGUAUGGCAAACCCUAGGUAUUCCAGAUCAGGGCCAGCGUCCAGUUUGAUGAGCAAUCAGGUCGAUCUUGGAUGGGAUGCUGUGCAGCGAGAGCUGAAAGAAAUUGACCAUGGACAAGCAGCCUUGGAGUCGUCAGAGUUUGAGCGUGGCAAUCGCUUCGCUGCAAUCAACAAGAAGCACUGGAAAGCGCAAGAGACGUGCACAUGCUGCACAAAUUCAGCUUGCAAAAAGAAAUUUGGAGCUCUAGACAGGAAAUUGCAUUGUAGAAGGUGUGGGGACGUGUUCUGCGAUGCUUGCACUCAGUACAAGCGCAAAUUGUCAUUAUACGCCAAGCCAGAUCCUGAUGGGCAGUUGUACCGAGUCUGUCUGAAGUGCUUCGAUCAAGGACCCCAGCCACUGGGGACUAGUCGAGACUGGACUGCCGUCUUCAUGGAACAGCGCCAGCGCUCUCGUCAACUGAAGAGCAAUGGUGGGCCAGGUUACUUGGCCCCCAAGCACUCAAGCUUGACACGAAGAUUAGGUGUGAAAGAAGAACUAGAUCGGUUGCAGCACGGCUUUCAGAACUACGCAGCCUCAUGGUUGAAGUCGACGGUGGCAGAGUUGAGGGUUUCUGUCCCAGACUGGCAGCGUUCACCGCAUUGGGAGAAUCCCAAGACUGUGACUCUCUGCCAUAUAUGUCGCAACAACUUUGGCAUUCUUGCCACGAAGCAUCAUUGCAAGGUGUGUGGCCGUAUCAUGUGCAAGCAAUGUAGUGCUGAGGAGCUGAUGCUGUAUAUGGAUGAUGCCACUAAAGAGGUUCAAUGGGCUAUCUAUGGCUUUGAAGGCUGCCCAGCCAAGGAACCAAGUGCCCGGCUGUAUCUCCGAUGUUGCUCGGUGUGUCGGGAUGAUCUAAAGCCAUUCAAAGCUAAACAGCUGGACGCGGUGGAGGUGGCCUGUGAAGCGGAUGUGAUGGGAGACCUUGCCAAAAUCCAUACAGACUUGUGCCAUUUGCAAGAGAAACUUGAGAAGCAAAUCCCCGUGUUUCAGGAACACGUAGAAUCUAUGAAUGGAGUCCGAACUACUGCCGGUGUCAGUCCAAUCAAGCGUCUAGCGAAGUCUCAGAUGGAUGUGUCGGACUGCAUAACCCGCUAUGCGCUGCUCCUCAACCAGAGGCUGCGCCGUGUGCGCCCGACCCACAAACUGCAUGCAACUAUCCUCAGUCGAAUAGCACAGAGUAAGAUGUUGUACUACCGCGAACGGCUUUUUGUAUUCCGUGCACUCAAGCAUUGCCUGGCGGAAUCAACACCACAGGAAGUGCUGGAUCUUGUUCAGAAUACUGUGGAGCUUCAGACAAUCACAAGUGUCUACAUUUUCAUGUGCCAGUUGUCAAUGGAAGUCUUGAAUAUGACUGAGGUGUACAGCUUGGACAAGGAACUUCUGGAAAGUCUGAUGCCAUUGCAGCGCAAUGAGACGUGUACCAAGGACAUGAAACAUGCAGUGGAUCGAUGUUGCAAGAUUGGCCAGCCGGAAGAUCUCGAGGACCAUCUGCGGAAAGCACGGGAGCUAAUAAGCAUGCGUUAUAAGGAGAAAGAUCAACGGCUAAUCAAGUCUCACCUAUGGUCAGCAAAUCUGACCAAAUCCCGACGCCAGGCUCUCAUCACCGGGCGGUGCUACGAGGUAGUUGGCAGGGUACACCAGGAGUUGGAGGCGAAGUCCUCAGUGCACCACUUUGAGCAGUCCAAAGAAGCACUGUCCAUACUCAAAGCUCAGCUGGAUGUGUACGUGUCCAGGCAAGCGAAUGGCUUCGUCUGGCGGUGAGAGGAUGCUCCUGCCUCUCCAUGGCAGCCUUUGAGUUUUCAACAUGGAUGUUAAUAGCUUUGCUGCUGGCAGCGUUGAUAUGCAAAAUAAAUCUGUUGAUGUACAUACACUUCUGGCAGGCAAAUGUUGAUCCCCUGCCUUUCGCAGGUGUGGUACUGUGCAUAUAUUCCACUUGAUCUCCAGCUUUUUUCCUGUUGUGCUGAAAAAUGUACCGGUACAUGUUAGAGCUGCUUGUAGAGCUGGUUGAUAAUAGCCCAUUGAAGACACAACAGUCAGCAUUCACCGUGCUACAGCUAGCAACUCAGGUUGCCCCCGCAUGCAAUGGUGCAAUUCCGUGAAGCUGAUGCUCCUACAGAGGCUGCGGAUGAAUGUGAUUAUUCUUCAUCCUGCUCUGCCGCGUUUUCCACGUACAAUCCUCUAAGUAUUUGCCUUAUUCGCUCUGCCCCCCUGGCCAUGGAGAACUCUGCCUAAGGAUAUCUUGACGCUGCCCAAAGAAUUCCCUUAGUAAAUAGGCUUUAGGCUUUAUCUUAGUCUUAGGCAUAGGAUUCCUAGCUACAUUGCCUCCUGCGUUUUAGCAAUGCUUAUUUUUAGAGCGGUUUUUUAUUUUUUAUUUUUUUUACUUCUUUUACACUUCUACAGGCUGUGCCUCUUGCAUAGUAUUUUUGAUCAGACUCUACCGUAUAACUGCUACCACCAACUGCUGUAUAUCUUGUUCUUACCCUCAUCACAUGCAGUUAGGUUGUUUACCUCUCUUGACACUCGGCGUACCACUAUUAACAUUUA